AUGCAUUGCCACAAGCAUGCCAGCAUGACCCUUAACGAGCUUCUGGAGGGCUCUUCCAUCCCGAUCUCCUCCUCUCCUCGACAGGACUGGUCCCACAGCGACCACAUCAAGCGUGAAUCACGUCACAUCUACAACAAGCUACACUCGAUCUCUCACGACUCGACCUUCAUCCAUCGCAUACACUCGCUCUUCCCCUCGCUCCUGCUCACAUCCAACCUCAGAUGCGGCGCAUGGUACACUCUUCCGACCAUCACCUCGGCGGUGUCGUACUUCAAAUCGACAGACGGACAUACGCACCAAUGGAGUUUCAGCUUGAAGCGCUCCAACCUGCACCUCGUGCCAUCGAUCGUUGAAGCGAGUGGAGCCAUUGUGGUUGAUUCGACUCGGCGGGGAAAGAGCAUGCCGGACGCUUUGAGCAAGACAAUACCCGUCUGGUGUGCUGUGCUCAAUGAAGCCUCGAGGAGGAAGUACAGUUGUCCAGAGGAGAGUGACGGAUUUGCACUCGAGACACCACGCUGGAUGAUCCCGCCCACGGAGCACGAUCAGAUAGAGUCGAGGAUUGAAGGCUUUGUGAACUCCCUGCUGGACUCGGACCUCGAAGUACCCAAGCUGGAGAAACCGCUCAAGCCGGUCUUCGUAACACCGCAGACUCAUCUCGACACAUUGGAAGCGGAUUCACUAGGGUCGGGUCAGAAUCCUUUCACGCCAAUUCUCCUGGUCUCGGCAUCAAGGUUCGUCUCUGACUCGGAGGGUCUUGGUAACAACGUCUCAGUUGACACAAAGCAAUCAACUGCGGACUACAUUUACGUACAAGGCGCCGGGGAUGACCACGAGAACUGGGCACGUGGCUUAACCCCAGAUGUGUUUUGGAAGCACCACCACAAGCUUCUCGCGAGCGACAAAGAUCAGCUGGAAGCGCUGGUCGAUUCGAUAGUCUCGCAGGAGGCCGCUUCGGAUGCUGGAAAGAAUGGACAUUGGUUCACUCCUCUGAGACAGCUUGACUCCGCUCAAGACGCUGCUGAGGGUGGACAUAUUGCCUCUACGAACGCCGGCGGCUCCGACACUGAAGUAGGGGUAACUGGAGUUUUCAUCGGCUCUCGUGCAGCAGACCAUGCGUUUUCGAGCCAGAACGAUGAGGAGUACGAUCUCAUCAUCCAUUUCACCGGCUUAUCUUCUCCUGCAACUGGUGCUUCCACAGACUUGACGGAAUCGCUUUCCUCUCUGCGCCUUUCUUCGGACAGCAAACCUACCUCCAAGUUGAUGACACUACACUUGUCACCCAACAAGAAAGGUCUUUCUGCGAUCCGCACCGUCUUUCCACCAGCCAUCGAGCGCGCGCACAAGACUCUAGCCUCAAUACCCCCUUCGUUAACAAGCAGGAGGAAAGUCCUGGUCUGCUGUCAAGAUGGCAAAGAUCUUUCCGGCAGCCUGGUCGUCGCCAUCUUGGCGUCCUGCUUCACCGACCAACGCAUCCUCAUCCUCGAUGAGCAGUUGCACGCCGACCAGAAAGCACAGAUCAGCAAAGAUACGACCAAGCGCAGGCUGCAGUGGCUCGUCAGUGCCGACCCGCGUGCCGCACCCAGUCGGGCAUUCUUGCUUCGCGUCAACGAGCUUCUUAUCAGUCCUCGCCAUCGACCCUCCGACAACACUUGA